UGCCACAGACUGUAUAACUGCUGCUCCCUUCACAGUAUUUGUGCAGUUUUUGUGUCGCUCUUGUUAGUGUUUCAUUGACUCAGUGCUUGUAGUAUCUGUAGUGCCUGCAUCCAUGGCUGAGUCAAUGAGGCUACUGUGGGGGUCUGGAUCCCCUCCAUGCUGGCGUGUUAUGAUCGCUCUGGAGGAAAAGAACCUGCAGGGCUACGAAAGCAAGGUGCUGUCCUUUGAGGAAGGAGGGCACAAAUCUCCGGAAGUCCUGGAAAUCAACCCAAGAGCCGAGCUCCCUGCAUUCAAACAUGGAGACAACAUAGUGAACGAGUCCGCUGCAGCAUGUUUGUACCUUGAGAGCCAGUUUAAGUCUCAGGGCAACAAGCUGACUCCUGACAGUCCUGCACAACAAGCUCUGAUGUACCAGCGCUUGAUGGAGGGUAUCCUCCUCACUGCUAAAAUAGGUUACGUUGCCUUCUACGACUACUAUUACCCUGUGGGGGAGCAACAUGACUCCACUAUGAAGAGAAACAAGGAAAAGCUGACCACUGAGUUCAAACUCUGGGAGAGAUACCUGCAGAAUGUGUCUUCAGGCUCGUACCUGGCGGGGCCUUUCUCCUUAGCUGAUGUGGUCGUCUUUCCUGACAUCGCCUACGCAUUUCGUUUCGGGCUGUCUGCUGAACGUUACCCCAACCUGGCCAAAUAUUACAACCUGCUGAAGGAAAGACCCAGCAUUAAAGCCACUUGGCAGUCAGAGUGGAUGGCCACGGCACAGGGUGACGAUGCCCUGAAGGACAUCUGAAACUCGUUGCAUUUAUCUCCCAUUGCAGGUCUGCGAGUCUGCAAAGAUAAUGGAAACAUUUGUUGUGUACCACAUCUGUAAUUUUUAAUUUGCCGUGUGAAUUAUCCUAAAUUGUCUCACAUGAACGACAAAUCAUCUAAAAUGGUUUUGUUUCUAAAUGAAAUGAGCACAACAGGGGGAACAUGACUCAAAUAAAGACUUCACAAGACAUUUUGACCAUG